AUGGUUCACCCGAAUGUAUCACACAUGUCACGCACACGUCGGUUCGAAACAAAGCUAUUUCGUCUACGCAACACAUAUCCACGUAGUGUAUUAAUUCUCCCUCUUCUACUCCUGAUUCCUGUAUGGAUCUAUUCACGUGAUGAUCUCACUCAAGCACCUGCUCCAUUGAAAAUAACACCACAAUUACUUGAUUCGUUUCGUCAAAAACUUAACAGUUCUCAUCACAAUGCAGACAUCGAGAGAGUCUGGAGCCAAAUAAUCGAAAAAUUUAUACCCUUACCACUCGAUCAGUACGUUGGUUCUCAUGCAGUACCGCUUCUCGCUUCUAUUCUUCUUACCAAUGAAUCUAUUCUUGAACUUGGCUGUGGCAAUUCAAGUACACCAAUGCUUCAUAACAUAUCACUCACCUUCAAUCGUCACGUUCUAUCAGUUGAUUCUAACAAAGACUAUUUGUCAACGUUCUCGUCGGUAAUGUUAACCAAGCCAUUGCAUCAAUUUCAACAUGCACUUGACUGGAGUGCCAUCGGAAACGAUCGUCAGUGGAGUGUUGUCUUUGUCGACAAUGCUCCGGAGAAGCGUCGAAUACACGACAUUAUUAAACACGCAUAUAGAUCACAACUUAUCGUUCUUCACGAUUCAGAGAGUGCAGGAUAUAUGUAUGACAAAGCUUCUCCAUUUUUUCCGUAUCAGUAUCGAUAUCAAUAUUUGAAAGCAUAUACUGAUGUCUGGAGUACGACCAAUUCAGAAUUAAUUGAAAAAGUUCGAUAUUUGUCAGAAUUGACAGUUCAAUGGCAAUUACCACGGAUGAAUAUCAAGAAAAAAGACACAGUUUAA